CUCACGGGUACUUCGGCAACUUUACCACUCUAUGAAUCGUACAUGAGAUUUUCACCUCAUACAACUUCUCCUUCAAUUCUUUCGGAGUCAUCGGAUUCAUUUUCUCAUUCAAGACUUUCCACUCCGUUUUGAAGAGUACCUAGGACCAAUUUAGUCAUGUUUUCAUGUUUCAAUUGAAGACUUCCCUUUUUCAUUAUUCUCAAAGAAGAAGAUUCUUAUUUUUUCCCAAACAUAUGCAGAUCCAAUCACAAUCGUAUAAUAAUCUUAUAAUAAGAACAAGAGAUCCAUAGAGAAAAAAUAAUGCAUUGGAGAGUAGAAAUCCCAACCCAGUGGAAUUCGCACUGGUUUAUUGGGGUCUCUGGCCACUGUUGCAGGCUUGCAGCCAUAUUCAGGUAAGAAAUCGCAGGUUUAGAGAAUAGCCAAUUCACCAAUGGAGUCUGAAAUUGAACCAAAUAAGGUCAAUGGGGUUCUUGCAUCUUCGGAAAAUAUUCUACAAUGGAGUCAAUGGCAGCUGCUUGAUUCCAUUCUUCCAACAGGUGGCUUUGCUCAUUCUUUUGGUCUUGAGGCUGCUAUUCAAGCUCGAGUUAUAUCAGGGCCAGAAGAUCUCAAAACCUAUGUUAUCCAUGUGUUGGAGAACACUGGGAGCCUACUUCUUCCUUUUGUGUAUACUGCAACUAUGUUGCCUAACAUGGAGACCUAUUCAAAACUUGAUAAGGUCUUGAAUGCAACACUAACAAAUGAAGUGAGUAGAAAGGCAUCUAUUUCACAAGGAUCUGCUCUACUGAGAAUAGCAGCCUCUGUAUUUUCUGAGGUUCCUUCUCUUAAAAGAAUGAGAGAUACACUAUUGGGUACUGGGACUGUUUCUUUCCACCAUGCUACUGUUUUUGGGCUUAUAUGUGGAGUUCUUGGUAUUGGCAGUGGGACUUCUCAAAGGGCUUACAUUUUUAUUACAAUGAGAGAUAUUAUUUCUGCAGCCACUAGGCUGAAUCUGGUUGGGCCUUUGGGUGCUGCUGUUUUGCAGCAUCAGAUUGCUCAUGUUGCUGAAAACAUAGUGAAGAAAUGGAUGGACCGUCCUGUUGAGGAUGCAUGUCAGACAUCUCCAUUGCUUGAUACUGUGCAGGGAUGUCACAGUUACUUGUUUUCUAGACUUUUCUGCUCUUAGAAAACUGAAGAUAUGCAUUGUUUCAUAUGCCUCUUUCUUCUCAACUGAGUCUGGGGGCUUUGCUCUUUCAGAUAUUCUGUUAUUUGGAAAUUACUAAUUACCAGUCAGUUCACUGGUAAAAUGGAAGCAAAUUUUGGUGUUGGAUAAUUGAGUUUGGAUGAAAGAAUCAUGAAUUCUUGGUUUUAAGCAUGGGCUGGAUUGUUCGCUGCUUCUUCCUCCAUGUCGAGGUAAGGAUAUUUGCUUUUAUCUAUGGCUAUUAUAUCAUGGGAAUGGGAAUAUCGAUGGUUGAACAACAGUAGAUACAUCACUUAUGUAGUAUCAUCCUUUUGUAUCAGAUUGUGGAUAUUCCUUGUUCACUUAGCAUGUACUGGGAUAUUCAUAUCAUUAUUCAAGGAGUGGUUGAUGCUAUAUGCAGAUCAUUAUUCAAGGAGUGGUUGAUGCUAUAUGCAGAGAAAUAUUAGUACUUAUUAUGUUCAUACACUGGCUCAUGAUUUUUCUAACCUUAGCUUCUCACGAAGGUCUUGCCUUCAGCAGUUUCACUCUUCCCCUUUGAUGGUGAUCGAUUGACUUCCAGAGUGUGAAUGGUUGCUGCUGACCUUGCAGCUCAGAAACACAUUUUCCUCCGACAAAAUUGUAUCUUCAUUUAAAUUUAUCUGCUGAGAUUAGUUGGAUUUGAGUUGUCAUAAUUGCACACUUCUAUGAUAACUGGAUUUAUUUUCUUCCUGCUGGAUCAUUAGAUAAUGAUCCUGAGCUUCUACUUUCAAAAUUAACCUUUUGGGAACUUGCCCUA